UCCCAUGAAUCGGGGAUGGCGCUCUGUACAGUGUGAGCGAGUCCGCAGCCAAAGUUUGCUGCGCGCAGGCAGAAAGUUCGCUGGAGAGGCGACCCGUGAUCCCAAGUCAUAUAGCCUACCCUACGGAUUUAAAGUGCAAACAUGCGGAUUACAGACUUCAAUUAGCCUGGACUGUUUUUACUUUUUCGGUGGUGUCCAUGAAAGACAAACAGUUUGCUGCUUUCGCUGCAUGCUGUCGUUUCAAUGGACUAUCGUGUAUCUUAUCACCCAGUGAGUAACUUUGAUUAUGGUUUCCUAAGCUGCAGAUAAGUGUUAAUCAUACGCAUAACUUGACUGUUGACGUCUUGUCAUGUAGCGUAGUCUUGGAUGUUUAAAAACGAUGAACUCCUCCUGUGACAUCGAACUGGCAGCCUUAUCUCGGAAACACCGACUCAUGGCUGCAGCUAUGCCCGAGGAGGACAGCCUAUUGCCCGGCAACACUUCCAUGACUGACCGGAAUGGAUUAGGGGGACUGGUUCACUGUUUUAUAUGUGGAAGCGGAGUUACGUCAGGGAAGGAAUUGAGGCUACAAGUGACAUAUCAAAAGGAGAGGCUUCCGUUUUUCCCUUUCCUACAAAAUCAGGAGCCAGCCCCGGGUGCGUGUGAACUGAGCCCGGAUGGACAUACGCUGGUUUGCGCGGUGUGCCACUUUUUUCUGUCCGAGCAGUGGAACUCUUUCGAGCGGAGCAGGACGCCCAUUGAGAAGCGCAUGUACUGGCUGAAACGACCCUAUCAGUGCGACUCUCGCCGGGUCCCACAGGAGUGGAACCUUUCCUAUGAUCUGGAGAGGAGAAUCAGUGGGGGCGCAGACUCUGAUUUCUCUUCUUUUUCUGACAACGAGAACAUGUCAGACCAGGAGAUGGAUUUAGUCGACAGAGCCAGUAUGAGCAAAGACAAGUGCCUGAGAGCAUCUGGCAAAUCGCCAAGAGACAGUAACAAGAAGAACAAUGUCAUCAGUGUUAAAAACAGUCCAGAUUCACAGCGGGCAAUGCGCUACCCGGUGGGUGUUUAUGGGGCGCAGGGAUCGCCACAAGCGGAGAGUGUUCUGCCGGCGAGGCGCGGUGCUAAAAUUAUAAAUAAUGUCUGUCAAUCAUCAGAAUCCCUGGCUAAAUCCCAGGAGAUAUUCCCUCAGCGAUGCUAUGACAGUCCCUUCCCUGACACACCUGUGCAAGACAACGGGGUCAUUAUGCGCAACAGGCGAUGGCUUGAGGAGGGGAAUGUCAGACAUGCAGAGCCGUGUCAGAAUCAGCGUGUUGUCGACAGCAGCUGUGCCUCGUCCAGACAUACAUCCCUGCUGUACCGAGGAAGGACAGAGGAUCACCCCGACACUGCUCUGUCAUCAGUUGGCACCACUGCUGUCACCACUAAAUGUAACAUGGCUGUUCCCAGGAAGAAUACCUCUGACAGCUCUGAUGAAGAUGAGAUUAACAUUACAAGUGAUGAUGAUGUAGACAUGUAUGAGAGAAAGACAAGCACUACAGCAAAGUUUAGACAUGUCAGAAACCUUUCAGUUAGAAAGUCGCACCCCACUGUGGACACCUGUGCAGAGGAGUGUGUGUGCUUUGUCUGUGGCACUGGGCUCAGACAUGAUGGCCGUUUCAAAGUCAGUGUUCAGAAACAGGAGAGGGCACAGGGCGAGCCCUUCUUCCCCUUCCUGUGGCUUCACUCCCCUCCCCGGGGUGCAGUACCCAUCAGUCCAGCGGGUACAACCUUGGUGUGUGGCAGCUGUCACACUUCUCUCAUGCAGCAGUGGCAGAGCUUCCAGCUGGCGGAUGUGCCUGUCCUUCAACGUUUGUAUGUAGUCCCCCUCAACCACGACACCAGUUCUCUCCAGCCUUCCCAACUAACUUCCUCAGAGUCCAUAGAGUGUAAUAAUGAACCCAUGGCUUCCCACGAGGCCUGUUUCCUCUGUGGUCAGGACUGUGCAGGAGAUAUGAGGGUGGCAUAUGCACAGGCUGGUGUUGGCAAAUCCCGGGGUGCAAUGUAUUUUCCUUUCAUCAACAUGUUGCCUUGCCCACCUAAUGCCCAGGGGGUGAGGAAUGGCCGUGUGCACUGUUGCCCACAGUGCCAUUUUAUCCUGGAAGAGAUCUGGGGGGCAUAUCGACUCAGCCUCAGUGAAGACCUCAUCACGUCUGUCAGCUCCUUCCUAGUCAGGUACCACGCUGCCAUGGCAAUUGAGGGCUCUGGUCCGGCCCAUUCCCAGACAGCUGUGGCUUCUCGCCCCUGCAGCUCCAUGUCAGUGUGUUACCUGUGUGGAGGCGAGCUCUGCGCAGGUGGAGAGUACCAGCUCCAUGUCAACCCGCCUGGGCGUUGUGGGGAGAGGGAGCCUUUCUUCCCCUUCCUCACAGUCCAUCCUCCUGCACCACGGGCCAAGCCAGUUGACGCCACAGGCCUGGUGUCAGCUUGUAAUCUCUGCUAUCAUGACCUACACUCCCAGUGGGCCCAACAUGAGAGUAAGGGCCAGGGUGCCAACCAGCAACCUCCGAGCUCUCCAUGGGCACGCCAGUACAGCUGUGAGGCUUUUGUGUGUUUCUUCUGCAGGAAGGAGCAGCACAGGAAGGGUAGGCUGUGCGCUGUCACUGUGGCCAGGCUACCUGUCUUCCUGUACGCACCUCGCAGCACACGCACGCUCCUGGUGGAUGAUGGGAGGAGGUUGGUGAUUGGCGCAUGUGUGGAAUGUAAGGCCAUGGUGCAGGUGGGACAGAGCAUGCAGCAGGACAGGGAUAGGCUUGGACAUGGAUCUUCAGACGGGGAGAAGAGAGAACCAGAAUCAGCCUUGCUACAGACUAGACAUAAGGCAUGUACUGUGAUUGAGAGUGCGGCUGGAGUCAGUAAGGAGGUGGACUCGAAGCCUUCGGUGCCUGCAGGUGACCUCACUCCUUCUCACCCAGUGACCGAGACAGAGAACGCUGAGCGCCCACUGUCCAUUGUCCUCCUGAGCUUGCUGUGGCAACACAGGAAGUGGAGAGACCCCUAG